UGCCCGAUAUUCGCCAUGUUGAAUUUGAUAGACGGACACCCGUCAAACUACUAUUUCAUAUUUUGAUAGUCUUUUAGCAUAUUUGAUACAUUUGAAACAAUAGUUUUGUAGUAACGUGCAUAUAACUUUCCUAGAUAUGAGUGCUGCCGACGACAAAAAGGCGAAGCGUCGAAAAAUCAAGAAAAGUCUUGUUGCCAAGAAUCUCCCCCGGUCGUCGACUUUUCAAAAUGGGACGGAAGCGUCAAACUUGUCCAAUUCACCUUCAGAAACUAUUCUGUCUCCAGCAAUAGAUAGUGAGACAUUGAGAAGAUUGGAGAAAUUGAUGGAUGCAAGUGAUGAUGCAGAUUCUUUAGAACUGUUAUCUCUGUCACGUGGACCUAACCCUUACCUAGAUAAGGAGAGAUGUUUGUUGUGUGGCUGCGAAAGACAAGAUCCUCCUGAAGCUGCUGCAUAUAAAAUGGAAAAUUCUGAUUGUGAGAAGAGGGCAGUUGAAACAAACUUAUUAACACAGCUUCCAUUAUGGGUUUGUCCAGAAUGUCGAAAGUCAACUGACCAAGAAAUGGAGAAAAAGAUGUCUUCGAAUAUUACAGGAUUUAUGGAUCCUGAUUUACCACCAGAACCAUCGUCUCCUCCUUUCUUACCUGAAGCUGCUCUACGAUUCAGUUCACCGCCAAACACCAGUAAUGGAAGCAUGUGUUCUUGUGAUGCUUGUAAGGAAAUGAGAGAAAUUGAAGCACAACAUGAUCUAGAAACACAGGAAUUACAGAAUUGUUGGACAGUGUUACGGAAGUUAGUGCGAGUUAUGUAUGGUAGACGUGAAGAAGAUAUUACCCCAGAUAAUGACACACCUAAUGAAGAGGAAGCUAGGGAAUUGGUAGAUAGACUAUGCACAAGAGACCCACACCAGUUAUUUUUAAGAUUAGAGUCCCAAGUGAGGGAAUUUGUUAUAGAGAUGAAGGUGAAACUUUUAAAACAAUUAAAUUCAGGAUACAAGACACCUCCUGAAGCUAAAGCAUUCAUUUCAUUGUUAUUAGAUGAAUAUUGUCAUUUAUGUGGUGUAUCAAGGAAGAUGUCGGAAAUAUUAACAAAACUGAAAACUGACCAUCUUGCCAAGUUUAAUGUGACAUGGGAGUUACAUAACAAACAUUUAUUCCAAUCAAUAGCUUAUACUGAACCAUCUAUACAGAGCAGUCUUCAUUUGAUAAUAACACAACUAAGGAUGGGUGCUGCAUCGAAAGAAUCUUAUAAUGAAGAUACCUACCCUAAUUUGUUACAUAGAUAUCUCAAGUUUGAUGAUGAAAUGUCAGUGAUAUCUGUUGUAUGGAGGGAUAGUCAACAGUUGAUAGAACAAUAUAAUGAAGAACAGGCUGCCUUAAAAUUAAAACAGAAGAUGUUAAAAGAAGAUUGGGAAUUUUUCAAAGCACAGCGUACUAUAUUAGAACAACAGGUUGCAAAGAACGACCAACCACUUCCUCCUCAUAACUUUGAACAACAGUUUACAGAAACAAUGAGGAUGAUGUUACAAGGCACCAAACCAAGUCAGGAAGAAUGUCACUGCCCUAGAUGUAAUAGAAAAAGAUGUCCCUGCGAUGAGUGUACUAUAACACACAUGAUUACAUGUGGUAUUAUAAACCCUGAAGCAUUAGAAGAUCAGGAGAAUUCCAGUCACAUAAACUUCCUGCAUGAUCCUAACCGGUAUCGUAUAGAUGUUAGUCCGCCUUCUAUGUCCAGCACUACAUCCAGUAGUGGUUCUUCUAGUCCAAUAAUGGUUGACCAUGAACGACUCACUCUUCCAUUUGAUGAGACAGGUGACAGAAAUACAGAAGAAAUCCCAGAGGAGAUAGAAGGAAAUAGUCAAUCAGACAUUGAUGAUGAGGAGGAAGAUGAUGACUAUGAUGAUGAGGAUGAUGAUGAAGAUGAAGAGGAUGAUGAUGAGGAGGACGAGGAGGAGGAGGAUGACGAUGAUGGAGACAAUGAAAAUGAGGAUGAAAUAGACAAUGAAGAUAAAAAUGAUGGCUUAGAAGAACAAAUUGAUAAUAAGAGUAUUUCUGAUCUGUCAUCGUCAUGGCCAAAUGAUGAUGAAGGAGCAGAAGAAUUAAUUAACUCAGAAAAAUGUGACUGUUAUCACUGUGUAUCACAAGCAAAAGCUGAACAAAUGAUAAAAGUGGAAGAAAAUCAGUGUCAGUGCUAUGUAUGUUUGAGACAACAAGGAAAAGCUGUUUCUACAUCUUUACCUCAGCAAGUAGCACCAACAUCUCAACCUGGUGAACUACAUUUAUAUCCUCACAUUCAUGGUUCGGCUGGUCUUCAUGGCUUCAGAUCACAUGUUAGACCCUUAUUACAACCACAACUCUAUGACCUACAUAUGCCACUAAGACAACCAAAACCUUUAAUUCAGUCACCCAAAGUUCCACUUAAACUCGAUUUUGAUUCACCCGAUGGAAUUCAUGAACAUAUUUACCAUGCUUAUGGCGAUUGGGACAAUACAUAUGAUUCACGGAUGAUGCUGUCAAACAUACCAAAGUAUGGUCAUGGUUUGGGAAGUGAACUACUACCAGCUGCUCCGUUAACAACUAAUUAUACAACAAACUUUCUUACCGAGCCAUUCUCUGUGUCCACACAGACAGGAAUGGACACAGUCAUGACAUCCACAUCACCCUCUACAAGUUCUUUCAGGACCACAACUAGCGUCCACACAUCUUUGGCCACCACUCAGGCCAAUAGUGACCAGACUGCCAGUAUUACUAACAAUCAUCUUGCUAUUUCUAGUGUACAAAGUAUUUCUCAAACGCUUUCUAGUACAACUACUAAUUGUAGCAAAAAUAGUGCCACACCUCCUUGUACAAGGCCAGUAACUCUUGGAGGGAACAUUCCGCAACAGCCUGUGCUUUCGGAGAAACUGCCUGCUCAGCCACGUAAACGCCAGAAUGCAGCAAAUUCUACAAAUGUAUCUCCUGUCAAUCAUUCCAAUGGUGGAAUAUCGGAUAAAGUUACUCAGGACUUCAUUCAGACAGCGGCUAGAAAUAUACGUGAAGGUGCCAAAGAAGGAAUGCAAAUGAUUCGUCAGUUUGCCAACAGUUUAAAUGCUAAUGUGAACACUCACACAUGCAAUCACAACUGUCGAAAUUCUCAAAACGUUCAAUCCUGUAAUGAAGGUCCUCCCCCUGGCUGUCGUAAUGCAGUAGCACUUCCCUCAUCUGUGAACAACGUUAGUGUUGGAACAUCCACUGUCUGUAUGGAGCCUGAUUGUGAAGGUCAUUGUGAUGAGAAUGGAGACGGUAUAGAUGAUAGUUGUUCAGAACAAAGCUCAACUAAUUCCAGUCAGAAAGAUGGCAAAUACUGUGAUUGUUGUUAUUGUGAAUUCUUUGGACAUGGCAAUCCUCCUCAGACACCAACAAGUAAGAAUUAUGCUGAAAUGAGAGAUAGACUGAGAUUAAGGUUGAAGAAGAAGGUCGGUAAUCAAAGUGACACCAAACAUAAAGACACCUGUUCUCUGGCAGAUCACCACAUGAUAAGGGAUCAGCCACUAGAAGAUAAAGGAUCUGAAGAAUUGGAAGAAUUAUUACAUUAUAUCAAUGGUACAGAUAAUCAUAAAGAGGAGCAAGAAGAUAAACAACUUAGUGCUAAAGCAGCUAAACGUGCUAGACAGAAACAAAGAAAGGCUGAAGAAAAGGCCAGAUUAGAGGCAGAGAAGCUACAUCAUGAGAAAUUGGAAAGGGAAAAAGAACUGGCAAAAAAUUUGAUUAAUGCUGCCAAGAUUGAAGAAAGUAAAAAUGAGAAGAAAAGGAGAAAGAAACGCAAACAAGUUGAAGAAAUAAAGCAAGGAGAGAUUAAAAAUGGCUGUGAUAAACGAGAGGAUCCCAAUUUAGUUCGGGUUCCACCAUUAGGGAGAGAAGAUACUGACAAUAAAGUCAAAAACAAUGUAAAACUUCAAGUUAAACUUUCUGAUGCUCCACUAAAAUCUCCUUCCACUGAGAUACAGAAAACAGUUAAAAUAGUCAAGACUGAUCCAGUCAAAACUCAAAGAAUUAUAGUUGAACCACUUCAAACAAAUGGAAAAGUUAAUUUAAAAGCAAUUAAAAAGCCAGAUCUUCUGAAAUCAUCUCCUGUUCAGCCUAAAUUACAAGUCACUAAAGGUGCCUCCCAGUCGUCUCUCAACAGUGCCAAACCUGUUCCAGAACAGACAACUAAAUCAUCAGCCAAGAGAAAAGACAAUAAAAACGAAAAAGAUGUAGAUACAACAGAGAAAAGAAUGGACACUGGUGAUGUGAAACCAAGGAAAGGAAAAUCUGUUCACAAUAAUAAUGAUAUUGUCGUUAAUAAAAACAUUGUUCAACUAAAUGGGAAUAAUAACAAUAAAACAGUAAAGAAAACUGCAACCACUCCCACGCCUCCAAAACCGUCUUCUCCUCCACAACAAAUCAAAUCUAGUCCUACUAGCUCGCCAUCUUCUCCUAAGAAAGCAGACACACAAAAGACAAAAGCGGUUGUUAGCCAAUCGCCACCCCAGGAUCAGCAGCCUAAAGGUGGGAAAAAGGGAAAGAACAAAAAGAAAAAUAGGAACAGUGAAGAUUUGAGUGUUAUUGAUGAAAUUUUCCUUCCCAAGUCAGAAUCAGACCUUGAGAAUGGAGAACUGGAUGAAACUGAAAAGGAACUUGAAGCCUUCAAAAGAUUUUGUUUGGAUUAUACACCAGUAACUAGAGAAAAACUACAAGUCAACAUGAAUAUUAAAGACAUCUUUGUCAAGAAGAAGUCUGGACUUAGCUGCACCUAAUGGCAUCCAUGGAUAUGUGUAGUCCCCUGUUAACAAAUUCUCAAUAUCUCCAUAUCUUUUGUUGAUCUUAUAGUAAAGAACUUCUGAUAAAAAAAAUACAACUGUGGAAUUUAAGUUUUUUGGGGUUUCACAGCUGCUUUUGAUACAUCAUCUAACAUAGUGUUUGAAAAUUUGUUUAUAUUCUUACAAAACAUGAAAUAAAAAGUACUGAGUGAAAAUUGUGCCAAUUACCAAAGAAAUGUUAUCAAUUUGAUUUAAUAUUGUUUAAACACCUGCAAAUAGUUCGGAUAUUUAUACAAAUUCUGUUCUCUUUAAAAUUAAAGAAUAACUAUAAGGCAAGUACCCUUAUGACAAAUCACAGCUUUAGAAUAAAGUAAUAAUAUUGGAUAUAUAUGUGUCAUGAACUGGAGACAAUCUCUAAAAGGUAAACAUUUCACUGAAAGUAAAAGCUAUUCAAAGACGUAUAGUUAAAGAUAUUCGAAGACAUAUAGUUAAAGAUAUACUAAAGAGUAUAGUGCUUUCAUUCAUUUGGUAUGAUUUGGUCAUUAAGAUCUCUUAAGAUUUUUUAUAUAUUAAAAUAAGUCUCUCUUUUGGUCAAUCUACCAUAAAUUGUAAUGAAUCUGGGGCGUUAUUAGUUUUUGUCUCAAUCCCUAGAUGUCUAUAGUAAUGAUAAUCUGCUUAUUUUUUUUCUUUUUAUGGGUUGCUUUCUGCCUAUGCAAUUUAAUACCUAGAAAAGACUGUCAGCAGUAGAUAUUCAAUGUCUUUCAAUAUGUAACAUUGUUGAAUUAAUUGGUUUAAUGGGGAAAAGUUGACAGUUGAUUGAAAUAGUGUUAGUCUAUUAAAAUGUGUAAAAUCAUGUCCAGAAGUAGUUUGAUUGCCUGGCACCAUAAAGAAAUUCUCCAUUAUAAACAUGUGUGUUUGACUGUCUUAUUUUAGAAUUAUUCAUUCAGAUAUCAUAUUCAAGAAUUGUCAACCAGUCAUUUUUUAGAAUUUCAUAGUCAUUCUUCAGAAUGUUUCAAUACAGCCAUGCUUUAUGGUGCCAGAGCUGGUCGGUCUCUUUUAACUUAUUUUAUUGGGUUUAAUGUGUUUGAAAUAACUAAAUUUUCUUUUAAUUUUUUGUUCAAUAUUGUUUUGCUGCAAAGCAUUGGAAUAUAAAAUGUAUAUGGAAUCUUCCUACUCUAUUGUUAAGUUUGCUAAUGUUAAUGCAUGUUUGUGUGCUCCUCAAUAUUUGACUGUAAGCAGUGAUGGGUGUAUUUACAUUUCUCUAAGUAAUAAAGAGAUUUUUGUUAUUAAUAUAUUGUUGCCUAUUUACAAUUGAUUUUAACUUGGUGUUUUAAUGAAAUUUUGUUCUGGGAAAUGUAAAUGCACCACACCUACUGAUAGUAUUAUAAUAAUAUUAUUUAUUGAUAAUUAGUAGUUCUGUAAACUUUGUAGUGUACUAUUUAAAAAGAAAUCUAUGCAAUUUGUUCAUCACAAACUGCUUGUUGAUUUUAAUGUCUGCUAAUUAUUUCAAGUUGCUUGUAUUUUGUUUUUAAAUAAUUUUCUGAAAUUCAGAAAAAAGAAGUUUUAAUGACAAGCCAAACAUUAUGAAAGGAAGGCAUUAUGACUAAUUAAUGAACUAUGUAUUCUAUUGAAGGAUAAUUUAAGUCAAUAUAACACAUUAUUACUAUUACUCCAUUAUUUGUGUCCCCUGUUUUGACCUUGGGACAGGGGACAUAACUGUGCUUAUAAUAAGCAUUAUAUAGCUGCUUCCUGUUUGAUGUUUGUCCCGUCAAUGGUGGCAGAGUAAUAGUAAUAAUAAAAUCUUCCUGUUAUAUAACUAACUGCUGUGUCACCAAGUCUUUUAUUUGUGUGCCUGUUUUAAUGAUACGUUUGUUUGGAAGAAAGUUGGAAUGUGUUUGAUGUUUAAUCAACAUUUCAAGUGUUGAUAGUGAAUAAAUGAAAUAUCACAUUGAAA